AUUCGACCCGACCUCAAAGAUGCGGAAGUUUCAAUUCAAACUUGCCAACAACGGGACCGUGGCAGGCAUACAUUCCAUCCCACCAACACCAGCAACAGCGGCCUCUAAGGAACGCCCUCUUGUCGUUGGUCUCCAUGGCGGAUGCUACGACAGUCAAUAUUUUGACGCCACCCCUCGAUUUUCAGCUUCGCAAACCAGCAUCGCUCUCGGCAUCCCGUUCGUUGCUAUCGAUCGCCCUUCUUACGGCGGAACAAGCUCUAUCUUGCCUAUCCCAGACGACUCGGACUUUGCCCAAGAGACCGGUAUCUGGCUCCAUCAAUACAUUCUUCCCAAACUCUGGGAAGAGCUCGGCGCACCCAAUGGAUGCAACUGCAUUGUCCUCUUGUGUCACAGCCUAGGAACGAUGGGCGGAAUCGUUACCGCCGCUUUGCACGCAAAAGACACCUCACCACUAUACCCCCUCGGAGCUUUGAUUGCCAGUGGUAUGGGCGACACGCAAUCCGAAUUCAUGCUGAGAUCCCCGCCGUCCUUCACAAUGGUUGGCAGCACCCACGCCAUGUUUCCCCCCGACUCCAAGGACAGCGUGAUGUUCAAACCUGACACAGUCGCGGAUGAGGUCUUGGAACAAUGUCAACGCCUCAAUGCAGUGUGUCCCCUCGCAGAGACGGCAAAAUUCGCGCCGGCAUGGCUUCCUACGUGGAAGCAACAGUGGGCAAAAGAUGUGACUGCUCCUGUCAUGUUUGCUCUUGUGGAAGACGAUCCGUUUUUCGUAACAACUGAGGAAGAGUUGAAGAAAUGUACGGACGCUUUUGGGAAUGAUGUUCGUGUUGAUGGGAGUCUGAUAAGAGGAGCGCCGCACUGUAUGGAAUUGAGCUAUUGGUCUCAAGGGUGGUAUGCUCGAUGCUUUGGGUUCGCACUGGAGUGCUCUGUGAGUUUCGCCGGUCCAAGAAGGGUGCCGCUCACGUAGGGGAAACGAAGUCGUAUUACCAUCUAUUGUGUGUGAG